UGAACUUCCUGUGAUACGUGAGAGACGUGUGUGGACAGGAGACUCCACCAUGGAUAUCCGACCAAACCACACCAUUUAUAUCAACAACAUUAAUGACAAAAUCAAAAAAGAAGAGCUGAAGCGCUCGCUGUAUGCGCUCUUCUCUCAGUUUGGUCAGAUUGUUGACAUCGUGGCCAUGAAAACCAUGCCAAUGAGGGGUCAGGCCUUCGUCGUCUUCAAAGAGCUCACUGCCGCCACCAAUGCACUGAGACAACUGCAGGGAUUCCCCUUCUACAACAAACCCAUGCGGAUACAGUACGCUAAGACCGACUCAGAGGUCAUUGCCAAGGUGAAGGGCACAUAUGGUGACAAGGAGAAGAAGAAGGAGAAGAAAAAGAAGGCCCAGGAGUCUGCAGCGGCAGCAAAUCUAGCAAAGAAACCUGCAGUGGGAGCAGCUGCUCCUGUUCACACACCUGCAGUACAGGUGCCUGAUAAUCCACCAAACUACAUCCUGUUCCUCAGUAACCUUCCUGAGGAGACCAAUGAGAUGAUGCUAUCGAUGCUGUUCAACCAGUUUCCUGGGUUCAAAGAGGUGCGACUCGUCCCAGGGAAACACGACAUCGCCUUUGUGGAGUUCGAGAGUGACACGCAGGCGGGUGUGGCUAAAGAUGCCCUGCAGGGCUUCAGGAUCACAGCGACCUGUGCCAUGAAGAUCACGUACGCCAAGAAGUAGAGCCAGGCCCCAGGCGGACACAGAGACUCUAAUGGACCUGGGCUUCAGCUCCUGGGUUUCCAUUGUCAUUCACUGCUUCUUAUUGUUUGUUUGUUUGGUUUUUUUUAUCUUUUGUAUUCUAGUUGAAUUCUUGGCCCUGGUUCAUGGGUCCACAUCUUGUUUUGUAACAUAAUAAAAUAAGAAAUUGACAAGUGUCUCCUCAGGUACAAGUUUUCCUCCUCACACUUUAAAUCUCAAACCCAGACUUCAAUAAUGC